ACAAUCCACCCUACAUUCUCGUCUCCAGGCGAGACCUUCUCCGAGAACUACAGCCACACAGAGGAGUGCCACGCGUGCACCCAGUGCACGGGCCUGAUGCGCAUGGAGACGCCGUGCACCGACUCCAACGACGCCAUCUGCGUGUGCCGCUACAACUUCUACUUUGACGAACUGUCGGGACGCUGCGAGCCAUGCACGGUGUGCCCGGCAGGCGAGGGCGUUUUCGCCCACUGCGAGCAUGACCACGACACGGUGUGCGAGGAGUGCGUGGACUUUACCUUCUCGGACCGUGACAGCUCCCUGGACCCCUGCCUGCCCUGCACCAUCUGCGACGACGAGACCGAGAUCCAGUUGGCGCACUGCACGCCUGUCAGCGACUCGGUCUGUCACAAUCCCCUGCUGCCCACCUACUUCCCAUCCGUCUCCACCGAAACGGACCAGACGUCGCCCGCCUUCACCAACUUCUUCCUGCCCGAUGGUUCCGAGGGUCCGGGGCCGGGCGGCGAGACCACCACGCCCGGCGCCGGCUCGCCGCGCUUCCUCGGCCACGGCUUCAACGAGAACCUCAUCCCCAUCUACUGCUCCAUCUUGGCCGCCGUGGUGGUGGGCCUGGUGGCGUACAUCGCCUUUAAGAGGUGGAACAGCUGCAAGCAGAACAAACAGGCGGCUAAUAAUCGCGCCGCGGCGGCGGCCGCGGAAGCGGCGGCAGAGACAAACAACCAGAUGGUGACGCCAGAGGGAGAGAAGCUGCACAGUGACAGCGGAAUCUCUGUGGACAGCCAGAGUCUCCAGGAACAGCAUCAGCAGCAACAGGCGCAGGCCAGCGUACAGCCUCAGCCAGCGCGGUCUCGCACACAGGAACACAUAGUGGUGAGGGUGGACGGUGGUCCCGAGACCAUCACGCCUCCUCCCGAAGUCUGAGGCAGAAGAAAAGGAAGGCCACGUAAAACAGUGCUCCUUCAUUCAAGAAAGCAGCAGGGAGGGGGGGCACAUGAACUUGGAAUUGCCCCCCCUCCAUCCCCCCGAAGACUGGCUGUAGACGGACCUCUUCUAGACUCUUCAUCCCUGCAUGCGGAGUCUCAUAGAACCACGUGCCUGGACUCUUAGCGUAUCGACUUAUUCAGAUAAAAGUGCAUUUUAGCAAAUACUCCACAAGCUAAUUUUUCCGACUAACCUCAUUUUUUUUUUCCUGACCACUCCACGAGGAUUUGGCCUUGAAACCCACCGGUGCCUGGAAGGUCCGACUCAUGCCUCUUCCUUCAGAUUCUCGGACUAGUGUCACGUCAGACUUGCUUUUUAUUUUUGCGAACAUCCUGCUGUC